AUGAAGGUCAUCCGGUACAACUGGAGGCUUAUCUUCGUUCUAAUGGGACUUGCUCUUGUACUUGGAAUCCUAAUAUGUACAACUUCCGCAUGGGGUCAAUGGAGAACAAAUCAGAGAACACAUCAACUUUCCUUGCUGCCAGAAUCAUCAACACUCCGAUUAUGUCGGGAUUUCACGAAUACAACUCGAUUCAAAGAGAUUCUGGCUCCAAUUAUGGUUCCUCGCAUUGUUGACACUAAACAACACCGACAAGUUGGAGAUUAUUUACAAAGUUUUUUGCAUAACUUGGGAUUCGCUACUGAAUGGGAUGCUUUCACUGACACAACUCCAUUAGGGACUCGCAACUUCCGAAAUUUAAUUGCAACAUUUGAUGAAUCAGCUCCACGUCGUCUUGUUCUUGCAUGUCACUACGAUUCGAAAAUCAUUCCCGGUCAAGUAAUGAUUGCGGCAACAGAUUCAGCUGUACCCUGUGCUAUGAUGCUUGAUAUUGCUCAAACACUUGCUCCAUAUAUGUACAAACGAGUUGCUCAGCAGAUUGGACUUCAAUUGAUUUUCUUUGAUGGUGAAGAAGCAUUCCGUGAUUGGACUGCUACUGAUUCACUUUAUGGAUCAAGGCACUUGGCACAGAAAUGGGAGCAAAAGUGGUAUCCAUCUUCAAGUAGUCUCAACAAUUUUGAACUCAGCAAAGAACUUGAUAGGAUUGACGUUCUCAUGCUAUUGGAUCUACUCGGAGCUGCCAAUCCAUCAAUUGGAAAUACGAUAGGAAUGGGUGCAAACGAUCUUUUCAGCCAGUUAGCUGAUGUGGAAUCGAAUCUCCGAACUUCGGGAUGUCUUAGUUCUUUGAGAAGGAAUGUCUUUAAUAAGCAAUUAUCGUACAAUCAAGUUGAAGAUGAUCACAUUCCAUUUUUGAAAAGAGGAGUUCCAAUUCUUCAUCUGAUCACAGUUCCAUUCCCAUCCGUCUGGCAUCGAUCUUCCGAUAAUGCAAAUGCUCUUCAUUAUCCAACAAUCGAUCAUAUGACUGCAGUUAUUCGUGUCUUCGUGGCUAAAUAUCUUGGAAUCGCCCCAGCAUAGAUGAAAUUAUAUCUAGAGUUUUAUUCGCAUUUUCAAUCAUUCCGCUUCUUCCUCCCUCCAUCUCUUCCUCUUCUUGCUCCUCACUGUAAUUCAAUUAUUUCUACGGGCCCUUCUUCAAUCGCGUUUGUUGUGUUUUUUUCUAUCUUUAUAAUUUAUUUUUGUAUAUAUAAUAAAAAUGGAAAUUUAUG